UGUAUUAUUUAUUACACAGUCACAUGAUUAUUUUAAUCAUUUUCCUCCCUCUGUCAGUCAGUCUCACACACAGUCUGCCUGCCCACACUUUCCUAUUGGCGCUCUCUCUCUCUCUCUCUCUCUCUCUCUUCCUUUCCGUUAUUACCUCCAUUUUUCCCCUUCCCCGUAACGGUUCUUCCUCCCUCCCUCAUCCACUCCACAAUCGCCGGCGGUAAUGAAUCCACAGUGAGAUAUGGGCUGCGUCUACUCUCGAGCUUGCAUCGGCGAGGUCUUCACACCCAGGCUCAAGCACCACCACCGCCGCCGCCCCGUCGCUUCUCUUCCUCGUCCGCCGCCGCCGGCCGAGGAGCACAGGGAUGGCCUCCCCGUCUUCUCUCCCGGAUCCUCAUCACCGGAUUCCGAGAACCGCGACGAAAUCCACGGCCUCCCCGACCAGGAGCUCGGGAUAACGAGGCUCUCUAGGGUUUCCUCUCAGUUCCUCCCUCCCGAUGGAUCCAGAACCGUCAAGGUCGGCGGAUACGAGCUCAGGUACUCGUACCUGUCGCAGCGAGGAUAUUACCCGGACGCGUUGGAUAAGGCGAAUCAGGAUAGCUUUUGCAUCCACACACCGUUCGGAACUGGAGCGAGCGGCGGCGCCGGCGGCGAUGUCGACGACGACCACUUCUUCGGCGUGUUCGACGGGCACGGCGAGUACGGGGCGCAGUGCUCGCAGUUCGUGAAGCGGAGGCUGUGCGAGAAUCUGCUCCGCGGCGGGAAGCUCCGCGUGGACGCCGUCGAGGCUUGCCAUUCGGCUUUCCUGGCCACGAAUUCGCAGCUGCACGCCGAGAGCCUGGACGACAGCAUGAGCGGGACGACGGCGAUUACGGUUUUGGUCCGCGGGAAGACGAUUUAUGUGGCCAACGCUGGCGAUUCGAGGGCGGUGAUAGCGGAGAAGCGAGGGAAGGAGAUUGUGGCGGUGGAUUUGUCGAUUGAUCAGACUCCGUUUCGACCGGAUGAGCUCGAGCGGGUUAAGCUAUGUGGAGCUAGGGUGAUGACAUUGGAUCAGAUUGAAGGGCUCAAGGAUCCUGAGGUUCAGUGCUGGGGGACUGAGGAAGGUGAUGAUGGCGAUCCCCCAAGGUUGUGGGUUCCCAAUGGGAUGUAUCCCGGCACUGCAUUUACGAGAAGUAUUGGGGAUUCCAUUGCCGAGACGAUUGGGGUUGUUGCUAAUCCGGAGAUUGUGGAUAUGGAGCUUUCAGCUCAGCAUCCUUUCUUCGUGAUUGCCAGCGAUGGUGUUUUUGAGUUCCUCUCAAGCCAGACUGUGGUUGACAUGGUUGCAAAAUAUGAGGAUCCUCGAGAUGCUUGUGCAGCAAUUGUUGCUGAAUCUUAUCGCCUUUGGCUACAGUAUGAAACUCGGACAGAUGAUAUUACCAUAAUAGUUGUACAUAUUAAUGGUCUAACACAGAAUUCUGUAGAUCAAUUAACAACUUCAGAUGGAGCACAUCCUGCUGUUCGUCAUGUUGUUGAGUUGACAGGAACUGAAUCUCCCUCAACCAUUGGAUGGAACUCUAAGAACCAACGUGUAAGGCAUGACUUAUCUCGAGCACGUAUUCGUGCCAUUGAGAGUUCACUUGAGAAUGGCCAAGGAUGGGUUCCUCCAUCUCCAGCACACAGGAAGACUUGGGAAGAAGAAGCACAAAUAGAGAGGGCAUUGCGUGAUCACUUCCUUUUCAGAAAGCUUACCGACUCCCAGUGUCAAGUUUUAUUGGACUGCAUGCAAAGAGUUGAAGUCCAACCAGGGGAGGUUGUAGUUAAGCAGGGUGGUGAAGGUGACUGCUUCUAUAUCGUUGGCGAUGGGGAAUUUGAGGUUUUUGCUACUCAGGAAGAGAAACAUGGAGAGGUGCCUAGGGUAUUACAGCACUACUCAGCUGAGAAGUUAUCAUCAUUUGGAGAGCUAGCAUUAAUGUACAAUAAGCCACUUCAGGCUUCCGUUCGAGCUGUGACUAGUGGGACAUUAUGGGCGCUAAGAAGAGAGGAUUUUCGUGGCAUCCUGAUGUCAGAAUUUUCAAAUUUAACAUCCUUGAAGCUACUUCGGUCAGUGGAUCUUCUUUCAAGAUUGACCAUCUUGCAGCUGAGUCAUAUUGCUGAUUCUCUAUCAGAAAUUUCAUUUUCAGAUGGGCAGAUUAUUGUCAAUGAGAACGAGGAACUCUCGUCUCUCUAUGUCAUACAGAAGGGACAAGUACAGCUUACUUUUGAUGGUGACUUGCUGAAUAGUUCAAAUGUUCCAAGUCUGAAGUCUGACAAUGUAAAAGAGGACGAUGAUAUGCAAACUGGUAAAAAGAUCUCCAUGGAGAAGACAGAGGGAAACUAUUUCGGGGAGUGGACACUUCUCGGUGAAGGAAUUAGUGGCUUGAGAGCAGUUGCUAUGGGUGAUUGCAUUUGUUCUGUGUUAAACAAGGAGAAGUUUGAUUCAGUUGUUGGCCCUCUAGCAAGACUUUCACAUGAAGGGGCAAAGUCAAGCGGCUCACCUUCAGAUGUCGCUAAGGAUUCUGCUGAAAGUACCGAAGUUCCUGCCCCUUCUGGAGUUAAACUAUCAGAGCUGGAGUGGAGAAGAUGCUUGUAUUCCAAUGACUGCAGUGAGAUUGGGCUUGUGCAACACAGAGACUCAGGAAAGGUACUUAGUUUAAAAAGGUUUUCCAAGCAGAAGAUCAAGCAGUUCGGAACAGAGGCACUGGUUUUGAAAGAGAAGAAUCUAAUGAGGAGCAUGCUUCCUUCAGCAUUUGUCCCUCAGAUUUUAUGUACUUGUGCAGAUAGGGCAUAUGCAGGCAUACUGCUGAACGCUUGCCUUGCUUGUCCUUUAUCAUCCAUACUUGACACUCCACUCGACGAACCUUGUGCACGGUUUUGUGCUGCCUCAGUUGUAAUUGCACUUGAGGAUCUGCACAAGGAUGGUAUUCUCUACAGAGGAGUGUCCCCGGAUCUACUGAUGCUGGAUCAAUCAGGAUAUCUACAGCUUGUAGACUUCAGAUUCGGGAAGAAGCUAUCUGCUGAGAGGACAUUCACAAUCUGUGGGAUGGCAGAUUCGUUACCUCCAGAGAUGAUCCACGGAAUGGGACAUGGUUUCCCAGCUGACUGGUGGGCUCUAGGGGUGUUGAUCUACUUCAUGCUCCAGGUAGAAAUGCCAUUUAAUUCUUGGGGAGGGAGUGAACUCGACACUUACGCAGUAGUUGCAAAGCGACAGCUCACGCUUCCCCCAACUGUAACCCCAGAAGCUGCUGAUCUACUCUCAAGGUUACUUGAAGGUGACGUGAACAAGCGACUUGGCAGCCAAGGAACCAGUUCCGUCAAAGACCAUCCAUGGUUCAGUGGCAUUGACUGGGAAGGGAUAAGGAACAGGACCCUUCCCGUGCCACAAGAAAUAGCGUCUCGAGUCGCACACCAUACUCAAACCUGCUCUCAGGAUUACGACGACCCUCCAUCAGCAGCCGAUUCUUCUUCACAAGAUACCGAAGUUCUCAAUGCUCCAGAAUGGCUUGAUGAUUGGUGAGAUUGAGAAGACAGACCAGAGAGUUGAAAAGGGUUUGAUGAAUGGCCUCACUGUUGCAAGGAAAGCGGUUUUGGAUCGUCACAAAUUUGUUGAUCCUUUGGUGGGGUGUUUUAGUGUUGUGUAGAUAAUAUAAGUGAUAUGUGUAAAUGUGGUGUUCAGAGGGAAAAAGAUCCAUUUUUACCCCCCUUUCCAGAUGAAGAGAAACCUUUACCAUCCCUCCUUAAAGCUUUCCACGGUUUAGUAUGAAAUGGGAUUUUUUCACAUAUGUAAAUUUUCCUUUUGGGGGGUUGGUUCAAUCCGCAAUGUCUUUCUGUGGACCUUGUAAUUCUUUUGAUGGUGAAAUAGAUAAUCUGAGGCAUGUAAGAGAAUUUGCUACUUGUUACUUCCUUCUGCUUAUCGGGUUUUGCCGUUGAUUGAUUAUAUAUCGUACAUAUAUUUGAUGGUGGUAAUAAUAUGUUUUCCAUUUCAAUCAUUAAAUUUGUAAAUUACUUGAAAAGCUAGUGUUGAAUCAUACAAAAUUUCUAAAUUUUUUCGGAUUCGAGAUUAAGAUUUUACGAGUAAAUUUAGGGGUAGCAGUUCGGCUAUUUCGGUUUUAACCGGUAACCGAUUGGCAGGAUAUCGGUUAACCGAAAUAACCACUCCCCCUACCGAAAACCGCCCGAAAUAGGCUUCGGUUUCUUGGUUAUCUCGGUUAUCGAUUAACCGAACCACUUUUAACACCAAAAACCAUUUCGUCCAGCCUUCGAUAACCGACCGAAGUUCGGUUACUUCAGUUACCGGUUAGUGGAUAACCGGCCGGUUAACCGAUAACCGAACUGCCACCCCUAAGUAAAUUGUUAUAAGUGAAUCCUGACUUUCACAGAUUAUUGAUUUUAACAUUAUUACUAAUAGCACUGUUAGUUGAUUCGGUUACUAAUUGAUUACCCCAUUUUCUAAUAAUUAAUCAAUUUGUGUUUAUCACACCGUUUAUGUUACUUGGUUAACAGGUUAUCGGCUAAUAUAUUUUGUUAACCGGCUAGCAAGUGAUUCGGAAUGGUUAGUCCAGAAAAAUUGGUCAAUUAUUUGUUAUUUUUUUGAAAAUCCGUUGAUUGAAAACCUACACUCUACCACCAACCACCACAUCUUACGCGCAAAAGUAGAAGAUGAGCUCGAUUUUGACUCUGCAGUCCAAACUUUUCAUAGUCGGACAUCAAGUUCAUCGAAGAUUUAUGGCUUAAUCUCAAACUAAUGGAGGACAACGAAGACAAGGUCAAAUUUAGAGUCAAUCAACUGAUGUUGUAUACUAACAAGAAGAAAAAGUGGUGAUAAAAUGCGAUAGAUCCGCACUUAGCAAGGCGGUGAGUGGAGGAGGAACUGGCCUGGGUGUAAAGUCGAGCUAGGGGAUUUGGCCAGCGAGGUCGAUGAUAAAGGUUGUGGUGCCAGGAAGGGUUCCAGUGUGGAGGUGAGUUAAGAUUUGGUUAGUGGCGCGAACUUUGUAGAACGGUAGGAUUAAUGAUUUGGGCUUAGCAUGUUGUUCCUAUUGGAACCGAGAGAAGAAAGCAAAGAGAAGAAUGAGAUGAGUGUGAACUGGGUGAGGGAGCUAGUAAUGGAAGAAACUAAUACUAUGUCU